AUGGCUGAUGCAAGAAACGUUAAUGAGGAUAAUGACACGGAUCCUCAAGAAGCAUUUAACAGUAGGGUCACGGAGGUGGCGGAAGGAGUUAUGCAAGCUAAUCUUCCACGAUUAGCUCAAGAAGUAGAAGGUCGAGUGUUGGGAGUUGUGGAUGCCAUGAUGACUAGCAAAAUCGAAGAGUUGAAAGAAUUGAUUGAGGGAUCUAAAAGCAAAAGCAAAGAACGACGGUGCACGUAUAAAGACUUCAUGGCGUGCAAUCCCGCAACGUAUGAUGGUAAAAUUGACCCGAUCGCAUGCCAAAGAUGGAUUUCAAAUAUAGAAGCGCUAUUUAUACAAAGUCGGUGCAAUAAAGAAGAUCAGGUGAUGUUUGCUACUGGCCAACUCACUCUCCAAGCGAAAGAUUGGUGGGAUGCGCAUAGCAAGGAAAUAGGGGAAGAUAGACUCCAGAUGAUGACUUGGCAAGAAUUUAAGGAGCCCUUUAUGAGAUACCAUUGCCCUCAGUCGGCUAUUGAUAAGAUUCAGGAGGAUUUCUUGCACCUCCGACAGAGAAACGAGUCAAUAAAUGAAAUAUCAAAUACUUUCAUGGAUAAGAUGAAGUUCUGUGGGGAUUUUGUGAAUACUAAAACAAUGAAGAUCAAUCGCUUUUACGGGGUAUUAAAGGCGGAAUUUAGGGAGUUCAUCACUCCCUCGAAAUGUGAGACCCUUGAUGAGCUUAUCAAUCUGGCAAGGGACAGGGAAAUUGAUAUUAAGAGGCAAGAAGAACGUGGUGAAAAGAGACCAAGUGAAAAAGGUGCAAGUUCGAGUCCAUCUAAAAAGGGAACGUAUCAAGAGCAAGGAAGGAAAGAUAAGUCGAAGGGUGGUAUUACUCCUUGCAAGACUUGUGGAAAACUUCAUACUGGAGAGUGUUUGUUAGGCAAGAAGGGGUGCUACAAAUGUGGUAAGGAAGGACAUUCGUCUUAUCAAUGUCCAAAUAGCCCGAAGACUUAUUUCAAUUGUUUCGAAAAGGGGCACAUUAAAUCGGAAUGCCCAAAACUUCAGCAAGAGUCGAAAAAGGAAGACAAGAAGCAAGAGGGUUCUAGGGCUAAAGGAAGGAUGUUCCAAAUCACAUCCGAGGAGGCUAAGGUUCAUCCGAAUGUUGUUUCAGGUAUAUUCUUAUUAAAUUCUAUGUUGGUUCAUGUUUUGUUUGAUACCGGAGCCACUGUGUCGUUUAUUUCCAAUGAAAUCGUACUACAACCUUCAUUUAAGAUUGAACAAAUGCCAAUGCCUUUAGAAGUAGAAAUAGCCGAUAGUAAGACCUAUAUGUUAAAUGAGAUUUGUAGAAAUUGCAAAUUCACUAUAGAAGAUGAAGAAUUCGAUAUCGACCUCAUACCUAUGGUUUUGGGGGAAUUCAAAAUGAUAGUGGGUAUGGAUUGGAUGACCCGACACCAAGCGGAAAUUAAUUGUGAAACUAAAACAAUACAUGUACAGUCCCCAAGUGGAAAACUAUUAACUAUACAACGCGAGAGAAGGGUGGAAGCGAAACUUUGUACCCUCGUUCAAGCCGCUAAGUGUACACUUAACGGGAGUAGGGCAUACCUAGCUUACGUGGUAGAUGCUCAACAAGGUUUCCCGAAGCUUGAAGACGUGGAGAUCGUGAAUGAAUUUCCGGAUGUAUUUCCGAAGGAAUUGCCGGGACUUCCCCCCGAAAGAGAAAAUAGAGUUUCGCAUCGAAUUGAAUCCGGGUGCGAAGCCGGUUGCGAAGGCUCCCUAUAG